AUAUCGAAUACACAAAUUACCCAUUAUCAUUUAUUUCGCCAACGACAAACUGCGCAAAAUAUGCGCAAGCUUGAUUUCCUACAUCACAAGGCUAAUAGGCUAACAGCUCACCCUUCCUGUUAGUACGAACGAUGAAGGCGACUCUCGUUCAACAUCGAUACGCUUCAAAUAUGCCGACAAUAAGGUGAUUUAAGUUUAUUUAAAAGAUGGGUACUCGCAAUAAGAGCAGUUCAUUGUGAGGUUAGUUCCUAAUUCGGACUCCGACGGUAGUAUUGCUUAGACAGAAGCUAAGCUACAUGUUAACGCUACCCAGACCGGAGGAGUCUCUGUGCAGCUGGCAUAGCUGAUUAACUCACAGCAGGGGAAUAGCUGGCUUUUCUCAGGUUGAAACAAACCUGCCUUUCCAAAGAUGUCGUGGUUCAAUCAUGUCAGUCAGGGCUCACAUCAGCAGCAACAGCAGCAGCCCGCUGACAGCCACAGACUCGCAGACAUGCUGUGUAGCACACACAACUCCAGGCUCAGGGGUCCGACAGAGGGAUCACCGACCAUGGCAACACAACACUGGACCGGCUGCUCCACUCCCACCCCGGAGGACUUUCCAUCAGCUCCACAGGGUGUAGUCAGCCCUCCGAGCCUUGAAAACCUGUCCUGCGCUUCUCCGGGUGCAGGUAGGGUGAGAGAGCCGGAGCCCAUCUCCUAUGUGAGCCUCCAGGAGCAGCGGUGCGUCCUGAGCUGGUUCCAGGGCUGGAACGCCAGUCAGAGGGAGCGCUUCUUGCAGGACCUUCUGGGGAAAGCUGUACCUGGGAAAGUGUGCACCCUCCUAGAUUCACUCAGUACUCUUCAGGUUAAAGACAGACUACCAAACAUCUUUGAAUGCCAGCUGCGCCUGUGGACCCAGUGGUUUGAGUCAUGGGGAGAAGAGGAGAGGAAUCAUUUCCUGCACAUACUGGAAGAGCGGGACCCAGUUUUUGUCGCCCACUUUUACAGGAGUGUUGCUGGUACAGCAGGAAGAGACUGAGCAAUGUUUGCGUUGUGAUAGAAAAGCAAGUGAAAUGUGUUAGAGAGGUGACGUGUUGGGAAACUUGUAUUAGACCUUCUCCUCAGAGAAUUGCUUGUGUAACUUUGAUGGGAUUUGUGAAGGUGAAACCAUUCCAUUAAGAACAGAGGUGUUCAUUCAGUAUAAGCUCUUUUUAUCCCGUUUCCUACACUGGAUUCUCCAGGGCUUCACUUCACUUCUCUUUUUAAGUUCAGAACUUUUUGCCUAAUGCUUUCAUCAUGAGUGAUACUCUGCCAUUUAGUGACUAAUGGUGCGGAUGUAAAAUAAACAGGUUUAACAUCUGGCUGUAACAUAAUUAAACUUACAUGCUUAAUAUUUCUGUAGAGGGCCUAGAGAGUGACACACCUGGAAUGACAUGGACAAGGAGACAUGUUCUUUU